GCACUGCCCACUGCCCGCCCCCGCCCCGCUCGCCCAGCUGACCGACGGCGCAUUCUGGCUGGGCCUUGGUCCCCGGCGCAGAGGCGACCCUCGGACCCCCAAGCACCCCUAGCUUCGUCUUUGGUCUACCAACCCUACCACCACCCUUUCCCGCACACACCUUAUCGCUGCUGCUCGGCAGGUCGCCGUCGAAAGUAGCUUCGCGCUUCACGCUCGUCUGCCUGAGAGGCAAGCCCGCCCACCAGGCCCAUUGCCUUUCACACCACAACUGGCUGAGAUAGCGCCGCGGUCGCCUAUCUUCCUGGGCUAUAAGGUACAGCAGGGCCCCUCGUUCCCAGUCGCCUCGCAAUCCCAUCCCUUCUAUUCGGCACAGUCCGAAUUCGCAGCACUUCUUUGGUAAUACCGUUCACUCUCACCGCAUCUAAGCAGCACCGAUAGUCCCCUGGACCAGCAUGGCAGCAGCACCUCGCACUGCAGGGGCCGAUCACCCGAAUCUCGCCGCCAGUAUGGACCCUCAGAGCUCCCAAAGUAGCCCCGAUGAGGCUUUCCCUUUCCCUAGUGGGAAUAGCAGUGCAGGCAAUGCCCGUACCGGAGCUUUGACCUCCUCAACUGGCAAAGAGCGGUCUGAAGCUCUGAGCUCCCAGCACCUCACAAUGGCCAAGAGCACACGUCCUCGACAACGUACAGCUUCCGAUGGCCUUCUGGACGACCUCUUCUGUGAUCCCGCCGCCGGGCACGACGGCUCAAUUCCCACUUCGGAAAUCCCAGAUGAGCUGUAUAGCCCAAGCGAAGGCAAGAUGACUCCUGUCUCUCCUUUCUUCCCUCGAGAGGGCUGGGCGAUCAUGGGCCAAUCCCCUGCCCGACAUCACAGACGUCGAUCAUCGUAUGCCAUGUCCAGCCACACUCGCGGCACAUCGUCCUUUGGUGCUGCUAGUGACUUGGACUACUUUGGCAGCAGCUCCUUUGCCAGCACCGCACCUACCAGCGUUAAGUCGAUGUCUCCGGUCCGGGGCAAGGGUUGUUUACAAGUCUCGCAGUCAGGGCAAGAGAAUGAGGCAUACGUGUAUGAAACAACAAGUACAAGUGCACAUCAAAGCAUGGCGGAGCAACAUAUGCCAGGCAGCAGUCAGAUCCUCGACGAUAGACACAUAGGUUCUGAGGCUGAGAGAGCAGCAGAUGAGGGACAUCCGACAGAGCCAGCCCUACUUUCUGUCCCUUCAGAUCAGUCUCUUCCCAUCGAUGUCACUUCAUAUGGUGCGGGAUCAAGUUCUUCACAUAUUGAGCAUGAGUCACCUGUACCAACCCACUCAGAAAGUAUCGCCAGAGUCUCAGCUACGAGCGACGACGCUCGCAGACAGUCUGUAAGGCUACCGCGAUCGGACUCUGCUCCAUUGUUGUUCGCCAGUGAGCCUGGAAUCACUGUAUCUCGGGCGUCAACCCCCGCUCAUCCCACCUUCGAGCGGUCAAUCACGCCCGGAGGUGAGAUCGAGGCCAUGACUUCCUACGAUCAAGCGCGCUCUUCACCAAGACGACCUGACAGGACACGACCAUUUGUCAGGUCUCUCACCGAGCGUCCUUCGUUCUUAAAGCCGUCUUUCUGGCGCAAGGAGACUCACGCCUCCAUUCGGGCCGCAGAGUCACGGACCUGGAGGUCCACACCACCCUCUUUGGAUGACCGCCGCCCUUCCACUCCAUCCUCUCUGCGCUUCAGUCGAGCCACUUUUCGGAGAGCACCCUCUGUCAGUAGUAGCGGCUCAUCCUCCAGACGAUUUUCGGCAGCUGCCAAGUCGCUCUUCACUCGUUCCGAAUCUCGCUCCUCGGAAGGGUCAAGAGCAGUGCUCAACACCGACGUUGCUUCCGAGAGUGUGUCAAGGCCUCAAGUGGCCGAAGGCAAAUCUCUAGUCAGUCCAGCUGCCCCUGUCGAGGCUGUUGUCCCCUCACACCUCCUUGCCAGUCGCCGGCCAACAUUACUCCGCGCUGCCGUGUCUUCGCCGUUGGGCGCAUCGACUGCCGUCACACCCUUGAACUCAGCCGGAGCGAAAUCAGAGCGCGAUGUGAAGCUGGACAACUUUGGUGUCCUUCCCCGAGAGCUUCAAGUGCACAUUCUGACAACAUUGAUCAAGCUCCACGUCUCCGAGCAGGAGAAGAACAUCGCUCGAGGGCUAUAUCGAGGCCAUCGUGCCCGUGAGACAAAGUACGUCGGACUUGAAGCUGCUAUGAAGGAGCUGAUCAGACUCAGUCGUGUGAGCAAGUCUUGGAUGGCACUUGCUCUCGAUGGUCAACUUUGGACAGAGCUCAAGACACUAGCGCUACCUGGGCUGUCCCGAGCCGGACUCCUGAAGCUGGCCCAAAGUGCGGGCUCAUUUGUGCGAGAGAUCGAUGCGACUGGCAUGCGGGACAUGAACAACGCCAACCUCAGCGCCUUGACGGGUCAUUUGCGUGGUCGUAGCGGUGCUGGUCAUGCCUCAACAGGCCUGUCGUAUUCGACGGUGACCAAUCUGACGUGCAUCAGCCUUCGCGGACUGCAAAGCAUCAGUACAUCAACACUCAACUAUCUGCUGUCGAAUUCGCCCUAUCUCAUCUCCGCUCACCUAAGCGAUCUCGCUGCAGUGACCAACGACACUUGCAUAGAGCUUGCUCGAUGCUGCCCUCAGCUGCAGGUCCUGGAUGUAUCCAGGUGUGUCAAUGUAGAUGGAGAGGGGCUGGAAUAUUUGCAGCACCUCACGUAUCUUCAAGUCAUCAAGGCGACCGGCAUCAAGCAGCUGGACGCGACGGUAAUGGGCAACCUUGCACGCUCCCUGACCUGUCUGCAGACCCUCGAUCUCAACUACUCAGACCUGACAGACGCCUGUCUCUCUGCACUGACCGAGCAUGCAGGGCCUGCCAGCAGUCACGCAAGGGCUGAUUCUAGAGCCUUCUUUGAGCUUACUGCGUCUCAGUCAAGGAGCUCAGGAAAAGAUCGCCAGUACAGAGCUCUCUUGCCUGCCCUGAAGCAUCUCGCCGUCUCCUCCACUCUGAUCACCGAUCGAGGGCUGCUCUCUUUAGCCUAUGGUGCCGUGCCACACCUGGAAGUCCUGGAGAUAGCUCACAAUCGAGGUAUUAGGGAUGGUGGUCUCGUGACCCUGUUGACAUCGGCGCCUUACAUUCGUAGGCUAGACUUCGAAGGUCUAAUUGAGAUCUCCGACAAGACCCUCAAAGCAUUGACUCCCACUGACGAGGCUGAUGGUGGUGCUUCGCGGCGACGUGCAAAACAGGCUGGUCCUUUACCUGGUUCGCAACUCACCCAUCUUCUCCUGUCGCAGUGUCGUCGUCUGCACACAGGGCCUAUGAUUGCCUUGAUCAAGGCCUGCCCCAAUCUGCACCAUCUUGAAGUCGACGACACGGGCAUGGACGAUGCCUUUGCCCUGCGCUGUCUCAAGCAAAUGUCGGCCAAUUCGCGACUACGACUUCAGCAGCAGCAGCAGGCGGAUGCCGAUGCGAAAGAGCAGGCUUCCUCGUAUUGCCUAUCCAUGAUCGACUGUAGAAUCCUCACAAGACCAGGCUGUAAUGCCAUGCUAGCCACUAAUGUCGUCCGUCCCAGACUCGGGCGGAGGGGCUUCCGAUACAACCCCUUCGAGUACGGAGAUUGCGAUCGACCUCCCCCCUCGCUCCUCCUCGAUCCUUCUGCCAACAAUGCAAGCUUCUCGACGACGGAGCAGACGGCCAAGAUGCUCGAAGACGAAUGCAAUGAGGAGCGAGUAUGCGUAAAGACGUUUUGGUUCUGGCAAGCCAUCGACGCUAAAGAGCGCAAGUUGCGCAAGAGGGAGAAGAAGUCGAUGAUGGGCAGGAAGAAGAUGCUGCUCAUCGGCGGCGGCGGUGGUGAUGGUGGUGCUGCCAACGGUCGCAGUGGUGGCAGGAAUGGGAGUGGAAGUGGAAGUGGGAGUGGGUCCUCUUCGCCUUUGCGCGAAAAUGGUUCAGAGGGAUUCAACGGGACGGAGAGUGCCGUCAGAGGACUCAGCAGAGCACUUCUCGGCGGGGGCAGCGGCAGCGGCAGUGGUCAUGGCAACGGCAACGGUAACGGUAUUGUUAAUGGGGCUGGCUACGGCUUAGGUUUCUCCCGAGGCAAUCGUCUAGGCACCGACGGUCGUGUCACACCUGGUCUCAACGGCAAUGGUGCUCGAGGCCGAGCUGCGGCUCAUGCGCAACUUCAAGCCGAAGUCCUCGCAAUGGACAAUCAAGGGGAGCGCACAAUUCCCAAUCCAAACCCGCUGCUGCGCUGGUCUCGUCUGGCGAGUGGACUAUUUGCUGCUCCUUCUUCCCCACCUUCCCCCUUUCCUGAAGAGGGAGAAGGGGAAGGAGGACGAGGAAUGGGACAGCGCCUUGGAGAGGAGGAUAGACAGGGUGGUGGUGAUGUUGAUGUUGAUGGUGAUCAUGAGGAGGGAGAAGAAGGAGGAGGAGGAGGUGCUGGUGGAGGAGAAGCUACACGAGGAGAGCAGGCUCUCUGUGUGAUCAUGUAGUAAUGGGGGGAGAUGACGAUGAUGAAGGCAAAGGCGAAGGCGACGAAGAUGAUGAUGAUGAUGAUGAUGAUGAUGAUGAUGAUGAUGAUGAUGAUGAUGAUGAUGAUGAUGACAUGGUGAUGAUGACGAAGACGACGACGACCCCCCUCCCCCUCAGCCCCACCAGGGGCAAGCAACGCCCACGCCCACCUACAGCCAGACCCAUCCUCAGAAACAAGAACUCCUGGAUCCUUUUCUCCUGUCUUACCAAACCUCCAUGUAUCUCCGUGUACCCUUUUUCACGAUCCUCCCCACUCUAC